UGGAACAACCGGAGGACGUAUGAUUGGCUUUGGAGCUGAGCAGGUCAUAUUGGUACGUGAUGAUUCUAAAAAGAAGGAAGUUUCUGACCAUAUUGGAAAACACACUCUUGUUUUAACAAUACUUGAGUGCAAAGGGCUUGAGUUUCAGGAUGUACUGUUAUACAACUUUUUUGGGUCAUCUCCUUUGAAAAAUCAGUGGAGAGUUGUGUAUGAAUAUAUGAAAGAACAGGAUAUGCUUGAUGCCUCUACACCAAGGUCAUUUCCAAGUUUCAAUAUGGCAAAACAUAGUCUUCUUUGCUCUGAAUUGAAGCAGUUAUAUGUGGCUAUAACUCGUACAAGGCAAAGGUUGUGGAUUUGUGAGAACAUUGAGGCAUUGUCCAAUCCUAUGUUUGAUUACUGGAAAAAUUUGUGCCUGGUGCAAAUUAGACAACUUGAUGAUUCACUUGCACAGGCGAUGCAAGUUGCAAGCAGAAAAGAAGAUUGGCAUUUACGUGGAAUAAAGCUAUUUAAUGAAGGAAAUUUUGAGAUGGCUACAAUGUGCUUUGAAAGAGCUGGAGACACAUACAGGGAGAAAUGGGCUAAAGCAGCUGGCCUUCGAGCUGCUGCUGACCGAAUGCAUGGCUCUAAUUCUAAAAUGCGGUGUAGUGCUCUUUUAGAAGCUGCAGAGAUUUAUGAAGCAAUUGGUAGAGCUGAGUCUGCUGCCAAGUGUUUUAUUGAGUUGGAGAAUUUUAAGAGAGCAGGUAUGAUUUAUAUGAAGAAGUUUGGGGAAUCAAGGCUGGAGGAUGCUGGCGACUGUUUUUCCUUGGCAAAAUGUUGGAGUCUUUCUGCUGAUGUAUAUGCUAGGGGCAACAAUUUCUCAAAGUGCUUAGAUGCUUGCACAAAGGGAAAACUCUUUGACAAGGGACUGCAAUUCCUUAAAUAUUGGACAGAAAAUUCAACUCCUGCCAUUGAUAUAGUUGCAAAACUUCAAAAUUUGGAUGAAAUGGAACAAGCUUUCCUUAAGAAAUGUGCAAGUUACUAUCAUAAGCUUAAAAAUACAGAAAGUAUAAUGCAGUAUGUGAGGACAUUUUAUUCUACUGAUUCCAUUCGAACUUUCUUGAGGUCAUGGAAUUAUUUGACUGAGCUUGUGUUGUUGGAGGAAGAACUUGGGAACUUUUUGGAAGCUGCCAGCAUUGCAAGUCUGAAAGGUGAUAUUCUUUGUGAGGCUGAUAUGCUAGAGAAGGCUGGAUAUUUUGAAAAUGCAUCGAGGCUCAUUCUCUUUUAUGUUGUUGGAAUGUCUCUUUGGGGCUUUGGAAGCAAAGGAUGGCCACCAAACCAUUUUCCUCAGAAGGAAAAACUCUUAAUGAAAGCCAAGUUGAUUGCAAGAAGAAAAUCAGAGUUCUUCUAUAAAUUGAUCAACGUGGAGGCCACCAUAUUAUUAAUCCAGGAGGUCAGCUUGUUAGAAAUGGGUUAAUUCUUAAGGGCUUCCCAUGAAUUGAAAAGUUUCUUAGCUCAAUAUAUCUGUGCUCGUAAAAUUCUUGGUCUUCAUUUUCAGCGAGAACCUUUUAGUUAU